GGGCCAGAAGACAGGCUGGGCUCACCCAGGUGGUUGUCUCUGAGGACUGGGGUGGGGCCGGAGGGCUCAUCCUAGAGGAGGUGGGUGGAGAGGACAGGUGAUGCCUCUCUCUUGAGGGAGGAUGUGGGCAGCGGAGCUGAGUCCUCCUUACCUGCCCAGUCUGUUCCCUACAGAUGUUUGCUGCUGUUGCUCCCUGAGUCUUUGGUGUCCCCCCCUACCCAACCAUGGGAUCUGGGGGGCUGGUUUUCCCAUGAGGUCUCUCUCGUCAUAUCCUUGGCACAGCCAUAGCCAUUACCUGCGGUCACUUGGUUGGUACCCAUAUUCUAUUUCUCUAUUCCGAACUCACAGCUCAGUAUCCCUUGUUCUGUACCAUUCUGUAGCCCAAACUCACCUAGAAUAUAUACCAGGUGAAUAUCUAUCUCCUACCUGUUUCCUGGGUCCAAGAGGAGGGAAGGGUUGGUUUCUUACCUUUGGCCUCUCUGUCUCCGGCCCAGACAUCAUGUGGCUUAUCUUUAGAUAAAUGAGAGGUGGGGCACCCAGCUUUCUAGUUUUUUUUUUUCUCCUGUUCUCUUAUUAUAGCUUCCUUAAACACAGGAACCGUGCAGAGAUCUUACCCACAGGGGAUUCUUACAACCUCCAUUAUUGUUGGUCCAGGCACAAUGCCCACGGUAUUUGAGGAAAACACAAGAGCUGUGGUCCAAGAGAUGGACCCUGGAGGGGAUAUGAUUGCUGUCAGAAGCAUCAUUGAUGCUGACAGAUUCCACUGCUUCUGUCUGGUGGAGAAGAAGAAGCGUUUUCUUGGCUACCAAUAUGACAAGACAGACCUCACUCUGAAGGACAUACUGGAGAUGGAAGAGGGUGAAGAACUGUUUGAUAAGCUGGAUUCUGGGCUCCGAGGUCAGUAUGAGGUGAGUGAGAGAUGGAGCCAGGAGACUUUGCCCACUCUUACUCUACCCCAGUCUCAACUCCCCACUGCUAUCAACCAAGUCAACCAGUCAACAAAGAAACCGUGGAAUUCGUAUGCACACGAAGUAGCUGGUGGAGAAGGAGAAAUAAAUGCUCCUGGGAGGUGGGGCCCCUCUCAUUUCCUCUCUACUUUGUCCAGGAAGCUGAAGAGGGAACUGCCCCUUUCAUUCCGAUCAAUCCAGAAUGUGAAAGAAGAGCUGUAUCUGGUGACAGAAACUCUGGAAACGACAAAGGAGGAAACCGUGGAAAGUGGAAAGUGAUGUAUUUUGAAGAUCCUGAUGGAUUUUUUGAAUCUCCAAUAUGAAUACAAGCACCAAAUGGCAGUGACCAUUUCCCCUAAGAAGGUCCUGGGCUAUCGAAUAAAGCAGCUGGUCUUCCCCAAGACGGAGACAAUGAGUAAGUAUUUUUUGGGGGGGGGCAAAACAAAAUCCUUUCCAGAAGCAAAAGAUGGUGGUUCACCUUGGUUAGGGAAGUCCUUGAAUUUGGAGGAUUUCAGAAACAUGGAGGAGAAGGUGCAGGACAUGAUGAGAGCCCUCCAGGAUCUGACUGAGGAUGAGCGAAAAGAGGUGCUAAGCUGCCUCACUGAGCGCCUCAGCAGGGAUGAACAGCUGCAGGAUCUACAGCAAAGAGUGUCUGAUGUCCUGAGGUCUGGUGAGCUACAGAUAGAAGGCCCAGCAUUUCUUUUCAUAAGCAGCCUUUUUAAUGCUGUUGGGAUCUUGGUAGAAGUGCACACAGAAGCCAUUUGGGAUGUCCUGGAUGCCAUGACAGAGCUGUCUGAGGAGUGGCAGCUUGUGGCUGAGGUCCUAGAGAAGGGGACCCUGCCCCUGUUGAAGAACAAGGUGGAGUCUAUCCUGAAGCAGGACUGGAGGGAGCAGCCCCAGAAUAUGGGCUGUGACCCCCAGGCACGAACUGUCUACGCCCUUUACAUUGUUGUCUCCACCCUGCUGCAGCUGGGUGAGAAGCCUGACACUGGGUGUUCCUAACUCUGUGUUAGCUCUUCAACAAUUCAACCAAGUCUCUGGGUGCUCCUUUCCCCAGUCCAUCCUCACCAUCCCCAUUCCCAGGACCCUGGGCAUGCUAAGCGUGUGCUCUACCACUUGAGCUAUAUCCUCCCCGGCCCAGAACAAUGUCUUUAAAACAAGCCACUGGCUAUUUUUGAUACAUCCUAUUCACUGGGAUACUGUCCAAAACUCAGCCUGGAUUGUAUGCAUGUAUUUCUGAUUAAAAGUGGUAGAUUGAUCAUAUCAA